AGCCGCUGCGGAUAUAACAGAUACCUGGAGCAACAAAACGGUGACCAACACCGACCGACUCAUCAUCGUGAGCGUCAUAUCUCAAAACUCAACCUUUCCAUACCGACCACACAAGCAUCCUUCCACCAUGCUCGAGGCCCGCCUAGAGCAGGCACAGCUGCUCAAGAAAGUGGUCGACGCAAUCAAGGAUCUGGUCCAAGACUGCAACUUUGACUGCAAUGACUCCGGCAUCGCCCUGCAAGCCAUGGACAACUCCCACGUCGCCCUCGUGUCGAUGAUGCUAAAGUCCGAAUCCUUCUCGCCCUUCCGCUGCGAUCGUAACAUCGCUCUCGGUAUCAACUUGACCUCCUUACAAAAGGUGCUACGAUGCGCGCAAAACGAGGAUAUUCUGACGCUCAAGGCGGAAGAUGCGCCGGAUGUGGUCAACAUGCAGUUCGAGAGCGCUGAUAACGAUCGGUUGAGCGAGUAUGACAUCAAGCUUAUGGAUAUUGAUCAAGAGCAUCUGGGCAUUCCGGAUACGGAGUAUGCUGCUGAGAUCUCUAUGCCGAGUUCGGAGUUUCAGAGGAUUUGUCGAGAUUUGACUGCGUUGUCUGAGUCUGUUUCGAUCGAGUGCACAAAGGAGGGUGUCAAGUUUGCCUGCAGCGGCGACAUCGGUUCGGGCUCAGUCACACUACGCUCGCAUACCGACGUGGACAAGCCUGAGAAGAACAUCGACAUCCGCCUGACCGAACCCGUGGCGCUCACCUUUUCGCUCAAGUACCUCGUCAACUUCUGCAAAGCUAGUGGGCUGAGCGACUCCGUUAAGCUGUGCUUAAGCAGUGAAGUCCCGCUGUUGGUGGAGUAUGCGCUCAGCAACAACAGCUACCUCAGGUUCUAUCUGGCGCCAAAGAUUGGAGACGAGGAAUGAGCCCAGCAUUGAGAGAAUCGAGCUAUGGUCAAUGCCUCCGAUUCAGACGAGCUGGGCGGUUGUUCUCUCGCGAACAAACAUGCCAUGGCCAUUUGCAUAUCACGGAUUGAUGUACAUGAGGGGUAUUGGUAGGCAUGCAUUUGCAAACGGAGUCCUUAUCGCAAAGAAUCUCUGUGUCGCUGGCAUUGAGUAGGCGCAACUUUUGCGUCAUCGGCGAAGCGGCGGCUGUUUGUUUAUCGCACGAAAUUCUGACAACAAUUUCCUCAAUCAACGUGCAAUUUCUUCACACUUUCUCUGCCAUUGCGCGAUUACCAGCAGCAUGGACGACGAGCCAGAGGUGCCGGAGACUCACGUCCUGGCGAUCGCCAGUCAUG